AUGGCCUUUAAAAAAUGGCUCGGACUCUCGUCGUCACGGCACAGCAUUCGAAGUGAUAAAGUAGAGACGGAGGAGUCUUUGGGGUUUGCCCAUCCCCCGUCACACCACCGGCGGCGGCAGCGUUCACAAAAGACUCACCGUCGCCAUACGACGUGGGGGGUAUCGCAAAGAGAGAGAUACACGUCCACGUACAGUUGCAAUGUUCCGUUUCAGACUGGACUAGAUCUCGAUUCAUCUCCCACCAGCUACAGACGGCCAGACCGGCGCUUUUCUUCGACAUCAAUUAACGAACAGAAUGACAAUGACGCUACGUUUGCGAUGAUGACGGCUAGGCAGUCACCGCCACCUCAGUUGCUUGAUAUGAACUUGGAAGACUCGGACGUAUCCAUUGGUGCAGAUGAUGAGGACACCAUUGUCGCAUCUCCAGUACCGACUUCGCUUUCUCCGCAACGUAAUAGCAUUAAGGAUACUUUCCGCUUCACGUGGAUGAACGUUUUGGGCCUGUCUACUGAUUCGGAGAUGGGAGAUAGUGCAGUGACUGAAGCGGCAGAAAAAGAAGCAGUCAAAGCAACGGAACGGGAUACUCGCGCCGAUAAUCAGGCUUCGCACAACUCAGAUGUGGCGUUGCAGCCCCAUGAUGACGGGAUGGGAGUCGUAAUGCAGGGAUGGCUGGAGAAGUGCGGCCAGCAGUUCCAGACGUGGAAUUGGCGUUUCUUUGUACUACGCAACGACGGCGUGCUAUCGUAUUACACUGACGAGACUUUGAAGAAGCUCAAAGGAUCCUUAGAUAUUGGAUACGGCUCUAAAGCGGAUGUGUCGGUGCAAUCCAACGCCAUGGACAAAAACUAUGUAUUUUUAAUUGCUACGCCACAGCGUAAUCUCAUGGCCUCGGCACCGUCGCGUCGCAUGAUGAUUAAAUGGAUUGCCCGGCUACAUGCAGCCGGAGCCAUUCCUGUGGAGCCGUUGGACCCGUUUCGCAAGACUGUAAAGUUUUUCGUGCGCGACACGCAGCGCAAUUACGAGUGGAAGCGUUAUGAUGACCCCACGUCAUAUAUUCACAUGGAAGGUUGUUUGUUGAAGCGUGGUCACGUUAACAAGAGCUGGAAGAACCGUUUUUUUCGGAUUGAAAAGGGCAAGCUAAGGUACUACACGGAGAAUCAGAGCGAGCUUAAGGGUUCGGUGCCGCUGAAGGAUACAAUCGUUAGUCCUGGUAUGGCGCAGUGCCCGGAUGGGCGAAAAUACUACUUUAUGCUUACGUCCAAAGAUGGCAAGUUUGAAAUGCACCUGAACGCACACAAUGAGAGUUCAAUGCAUUUGUGGAUUGAAGCAUUACAAGAAGCGCAAGCAGCAUUAGACAGAAUGGAUGACAAGAAGGAUUAUGUACCUGGUUUCUCUCUUGUGGUCAAGCGCGCUGAGGAAAUCCCACUAGGCAGGAUUGGUGUGGUUUUCAAACGGCCUGAAGAUAUCGACAUUGAGAUGCAAAGACGUACGGAGGCUCUCAUUGUGGCGUCUAGUCCGAAAAAUCGUGGUAUCGCUGUGGGGAGCCAGCUGAUCUCCGUCGAAGGCCACAACAUCCUUCGAAAGACGUGCGCGGAGUCACGUCAGAUCUUGCGUGCGUCUUCGUUCCCCCUUCAGCUGGAGUUCCUGCUGCCGCCAUACAAGCGUGGUGUUUUGAUGAAAAAGUCUCGCUCGGGCUUUGAGAUCUGGAAAAAGCGAGAAGUCAUUGUUACAAACGGGGAGAUUCACUAUUACAAGCAUCCAUCGUCAUACAGCGGAGGCAGGACUCCGGCCGAGCUUAAGCAUCAUAAGUAUUUUUCGUUAUACGGCUGCUACCUUAACUUGGUCGAGCUCCCAGGACGCGAUAUGUGCAUCCUGGUGGCGCGUUCACCUUCGGACAAGCUUAUUUUACAGACCAGCACAGAGGGGGAACGUGUAGAGUGGGGUAGUGUCAUUUUUUGCAGUAUCCGGAUGGUAUCACAGGGUAUCACGUCAGGUCAUAUCGAAGCAUUGCAGCUGGAACAUUCGCAACCGCCAUUGAAUCUGAUGCCGUCCGACCUCAAAGGCAGUUUUCAGGACCAAGGUCAAUUUGAAUUCUAA